AUGAGACAGUGGCUCAGCACAGUACCGGUGGUUCUAGGGCAUGUUCGAGGAGCUGGUAAUCCUUCUGACUGUGCAUCUCGAGCGCUGUACCCGAAUUCGUAUGAUUCGGGCCUCUAUCGAGCCGCGAUAUCGACAUACGUGAAGGAGUUCGAUGGUAUGCGAGAGCGCUUGGUAUCUCCGAAUGCUGAUGACGAUCUCGGUAACGGCUCGCUCGACGCUAUGAUGUUGAAUGCUAAAGAUGGUCCUGUUGAGAACGUCGAAGACAGUAAUGUUGUCAGUGUCGAGGAGCAAGUGUUGACGGCUCAGACCAACGACCAAUAUUGCGAACAGAUUAGAAGGGUCCUAGCUCAUGAGCCGGUGGAGCUUUCCACUUCUGAAGCUCAGCGUAUUCGUCGGACGUAUGUCGUUGACUCGGGUGCAUAUCUGUAG